AUGCAGUAUCUGCAACUAAAGUACAAGUCAGACUUGGAGCCAAAGGAGAAGGAAGACAACCAUAGAAACAGAAAGGCCCCAGAGCAUCUUCAAAUAGCAAUCCAAGUGAAGAAGGACUGGACGCUUUCCUGGUGGGAUCAGUUCUUGAUUAUUUUCAGAAGAACGUUCAGAGAGCGGCGUAGAGAUUACUUUGACAAGCUAAGGCUUGUUCAAUCACUUGGCGUGGCCGUUGUGUUGGGUCUUCUCUGGUGGAAAUCAAAGACAGACAGAGAGGCGCACCUUAGAGACCAGGUUGGUUUGAUGUUCUAUAUAUGCAUCUUCUGGACAUCUUCAUCCCUCUUUGGAGCAGUAUAUGUGUUCCCCUUCGAGAAGAUCUACCUGGUGAAAGAAAGAAAAGCAGACAUGUACAGACUAAGCGUGUAUUACGUAUGCAGUACACUGUGUGAUAUGGUGGCACACGUUUUGUAUCCCACAUUCUUCAUGAUCAUUGUCUACUUCAUGGCUGGCUUCAAGAGGACACUCCCCUGCUUUAUUUUCACCUUGUUGACUAUACUACUGAUCGCCAUAACAAGCCAAGGUGCAGGAGAGUUCUUAGGAGCUUCAGUAUUGAGCAUUAAGAGAGCUGGUAUGAUCGCGUCUUUGGUACUAAUGCUAUUUCUUCUAACAGGAGGUUACUAUGUUCAGCACAUACCCAAAUUCAUGCAGUGGUUGAAGUACUUGUCCUUCAUGCACUACGGCUUCAGGCUGCUACUGAAAGUUCAAUACUCAGGGGACCAACUCUUCGAAUGUGAGAGCAAAGGAGGCUGCAGGACACUGCAGAGCUCCUCAUCCUUCGACACAGUGAACUUGAAUGGCGGCUUGCAAGAACUGUGGUUUCUCCUUGCCAUGGCAUUUGGCUACCGCCUCUCUGCAUACUUCUGCCUUCGCAAGAAAAUCAGCAUUUGCCAUCUUUGA